AUGGCCGGCGGGAUGGUUAGGUCGCCGGCCGCCCGGCGCAGUGGCGCCGCUCUCUUCGGAAAAGUCGGCCGCCAGGAGUUCUCCGCCAACGUUAUCCGCGAAGAGGAGGAGCCGUUGUGGACGAGGAGUGCCUUGUGUUCCGUGAUGUUUCAACGCAAGCUCCUACGCUUUUUCCUAGCCGCUCGCGACAAGGCCGUUGUGAGGUUGUCCGAAGCAGAAGAUUCUGGCGCACCUCUUCACAGGCGUUUGAUGAUUGUUGGCGAGAAGUGUGCUGCUAACCUGGGCCUGACCGAUGGAUUCCGGAUGGCUGUGAGAUACCCCCCCUCAGGCCCUUCCGACUACCGCACGCGUCUCUGUAUUCUGGGUGGCCGUCAGUUGGGCCAGCCUCCCGGGGAAGACGUUUGCACCGCAGGAGUUGCUGCACGCGUACGGAUCGCCACCGAAUGGAUUUCACGUGUCGCCCGUCAGUCUAGCCUCCGUUGAUAUAGAAUUGGUUCUGGUGGGUGCCUGUGGAGGGUAAUGAAAAGCUUUGCGCAGCAUUUGCACAAUAAAGAUGGAGCACGGAGAUAUCAUCUCUGUCUCGCGUGUCUUACUGAUGGAAAUGGUCCUGCAAGUUAAAACGGUGGGUCUCCGUCUCCCAAAGAUAAUAUAGGAUGUGCCGUGUGUUUGAGGCCUUGCCGUCUUCCCCCAGCUUCCAAAUGAAAGGGCGUGGGUUUUAUCGCGUAACAGCAGCAUCGACAAGCGGCAGGCAUAGAAUUAUAAAGGAAUAAGGUUGGAAGAAAGCUUCCAGAUAUCAUCAGUCGUACGGCCCUGUCCCGAGGCCGAGCAAACGCUACCUGCAUGAUUGCUGUCCGGUGCUCGUCAGCCUGUUCUUAACCCAUCUCGAAGCUUUGCCGCCGCUUCCGCUUUCUUUUCAGUCGCAGAUUUUGCGACGUGGAGAAUUAGUUUCUCCCACAGGAACUUUCCCAAAUGGAAAAGACUUUGUGAUGCUCGAGACGGCAAUUGUCGCGCUUCUGCUGUCUUUGAUAUUCGGCUGCCCUUCUCCAUUUUUCAUUUUUCAUACAAACAAAGCAUUAAAAAAAAAAAACCCAAAAAA